AGCAUGGCUAGGAAUUCCAAUGAAUUUGAAAGCAGUUCGGAGAAUACUGCGCCCAGUGGAGAAGAGGACAGUGCCAGCUGGGAGCAGUACUUAGAAAGGAGAAACCUUGUUCUGCAGUUCCUGCACUCCAACCUGAGCCUCCACUACCUCCAGCACCAACGGAACAAAGCUGAGCUUUUGAAGAAGUGUUGCUUUUACUUGGAGAUAGAGCCCAAACAUGUGAACAUGAUAGACCUCAACUACGAGAUGCAUUGCAUUGACAUCUUGGAAGUAAUAGACCCCAUCCAAUGGGAGAGGAUGAAGAAAGUGGGAAGAAACCAGGCUCAAAUCCAGCUGUCGCUUUUAACCGACCUGUUGGAGCAGCUGAAACAAGGCCGGGAGGAGCUGAGCUGCUGCGUAGAGACCUGGGACAUGGCAACUUUCCUCUCUGGGUGGGAGGGCAUAAUGCAGAGACUGUUCAAACUCAUGGAGUAUAUGCAAACUCUCAUUCCCUUGCAAGUGCCUGGACAGCUCUAUGUCAAGCACCGUUUGGUGUCACGUGCAGAUCUUGCACCUUUAAACCACAACAUCAGGCUUUCUCUCAGUACAAAGAUGCCACUGGUUUUUGAUCGAAAAGGAUCAUUUGCAGGCAAGGAGUGGGCCAAGCUCAAGUGGUCUGAUGAAAAUCAAGCGUCACCCCCAGAACAAUGCGAACUGCACAUUAAGUUACUGACAAAUGGGAGUCAGGCAGAACCAGAACACAGUUGGUUUUAUCCUGUUACCUCCAACGUGUGUAUAGUCCACGACCUGCAGCCUGGCAGAUCGUACAAAUUCACAAUUAGUAGAUCACUCACUCGCACUUUUGUCUUUGGAGACUGGCACGACAGCAUCACACUGAAGACAAAACCUGACGCUGCUGAAGACGGGGACAGCAGCACUUGGACGCCAGAAGGAUAA